CGAGCGUCUAACUUGGUCACGUGAGAUGCUCCGCUAAUAAUGCAGUGACGUGGUAGAGUUCCGUCAGUGUAGCGUUGUCUGACAGCCAGCCUGCCCGGGCCAGCAGCUGCCUUGCCCGGCUGAGAGAUCCAAAGAGGGCUCGGUCCAAGACGUGAGGAGCGGAGGCGAAGAAAAACAAAGAACGAGAGGGACAGACAAGCGGCAGCGUGGAGGUGGAAGAGAGACGACUAGUUGUUUGUUUUGUUUUGCCUUCAGGACUCGGGGAGCAUGUUUUGGCAGUGAUUUGACUCAAAGGUGGGAAAGGAUAUAUUUUUAUUAUUAUUCUGUUGUUUGUCUCUCUCUUUUGUUUUUGCGCUGAUACUGCACAUCACCCAGCGGAGCAUCGGAAAAGGAGCAGCCGCACUCCUGCUGCUUUCCCCUCCGCUGCUCUCUCCUCCUUCCAGCGGAUAAACGGGAGUGUGGAUGCUUUGGUGUUCUUCUUCCCUGCAUUUUUUUUUUUUUUUUUUUUUGCACGAGAUAACACAUCUGGAAAGGGAGAAACACCAGGACUAGAUCAGAAAAUAAGGGAGGUGAAGGGAAAAUGUUAAACAAGUAGUGACGGACACAAGGAGGAGACGCUGCAGGAGGAGGAGGAGAACCACAAAAAAAACCUGCAGGUUUGUUGAGCCUGUGGGGAUGAGGACGAGCAGGGACGUAACACAUCCAAGGUGUCAGUGUGAUUAGAGGAGGGGGAGCGGGAGGAGGAGGAGGAGGAGGCAUUAAAGCACAGAUUGUCUCCAAUCCAAGGAGGCGGUGAUGGCGGGUGAAGGCACCGGGGUCCUCACAUUCCGUCAGCCGACCGCAGCCCUGUCAGCAGCCGCAGCAGCAGCAGGAGCAGCAGCAUGAGGAGGAGGAGAUUAUAGAGAGCAAACACAGAGGAGGUGACCCUUAUCAUACCCUGAAGGAGAGAAGACAAAGAGCAUGAACUUGUGUUUGUCUGCAGUGCCAAAGAAGAGCCGGGGAGACGCCACCAUGGCCAGAGUAACAUUGCCAUCGUUGCUCCACCAGGGGCCCUUUUAACCCUACUACAAGCUGCACUGGGGGGCUCAAACGUUCCCCUGACUCCGCCAGGAGGCUCACUCCAACCAAUCUGCCAGCUCAGAUAACCCUCUGACUGUUGGCAACCACAUGUUUGAGGUGACUGUAUGUGACCGCCGCCGCCGCCCAUUCUCGAGCAGCAGCAGCAGCAGCAGCCUCCUGCGACCCCGAUCUGCACCAUGCAGUGGAGACGGCGGCACUGCUGUCCCAUCAAGAUGACCUGGACCAUCAAGCGUUCGCUCUUUCGGACACAUGUGGCCGGACUCCUCUCUCUGGCUUUGCUUUUCACCCUCUUUUUGUUUUUCAGCCAUCAAGACUGGCUGCCGGGACGCAGUGGGCCCAGGGAAAACCCACUGGCCUACACCAUCAGGGGCUUCCGCAGCCCCAAGGGGGAAGCAAACCAGAGCAGCUCCCUCAGGAGCCUUUGGAGAGAGACGGGAUAUGUAGCGCCAAAGCCUCUGCUCAACCUCAGCUCUCAGCAGGCGGAUGGGGCAGCGGGGGAGGCAGCGGGAGGAGGGGGAGGAGGAGGAGGAGGAGGAGCCAGGAUGGGAGUAAUGGGGCUCGGGGACUCAAUGAGCACUAACAACAGUUUACAGAAGGAGAUGGGUGUUGGAGGGAGGCUCAGUGCUCAGCCUUACCGCUACAUCCUGAACGAGCCCUACAAGUGCAGGGACAGCACACCCUUCCUAAUCCUACUCAUUGCUGCAGAGCCAGGCCAGGCUGAAGCUCGCAAUGCCAUCCGUCAGACAUGGGGGAAUGAGAGCAUAGCGAUGGGGCUGGGGUUUGUUCGCCUUUUCCUUCUUGGCACAGCAAAGAGCUCGGACACAUUCCUCCAGAGCAGCAUCGAGGAAGAGAGUCGUGUUCACCAUGAUAUCAUCCAACAGGACUACCAGGACACUUACUAUAACCUGACCAUCAAAACCCUGAUGGGCAUGAACUGGGUGGCCACUUAUUGCCCACACGCCACCUAUGUAAUGAAGACUGACAGCGACAUGUUUGUCAAUACAGAAUAUCUCAUCCAAAAGCUGCUGAGGCCGGAGCUACCUCCCAAGCAGAGGUACUUCACAGGCUACCUGAUGAGGGGCUAUGCACCAAAUCGAAACAAGGACAGCAAGUGGUACAUGCCGCCAGAGCUGUACCCAAGCGAGCGCUACCCGAUCUUCUGCUCUGGGACCGGGUACGUGUUCUCAGGGGACAUGGCCGAGCUGAUUUACCAGGCCUCCCUCAGCAUACGCAGGCUGCACCUUGAGGACGUUUAUGUGGGGAUCUGCCUGGCCAAGCUGCGAAUCGACCCAGCGCCCCCUCCCAAUGAGUUCCUCUUCAACCAUUGGCGGGUGUCUUACUCCAGUUGUAAGUACAGCCACCUGAUCACAUCCCAUCAGUUCCACCCCAAUGAACUCAUCAAGUACUGGAACCACUUGCAGACCAACAAGCACAAUGCCUGCAUCAACCUGGCAAAGGAAAAGAACGGCAGGUACAGACACCGAAAGUUUCACGGAGAGAGGCCUCCUUGAAGCAUCCUGUGACGACCACCUGCCUCACUAAAAAAGAAAAAGGGGGAGCUGGGCACACUGUAACUACAGCCAAUGGAGGGCAUGUUGAACACAAUAUAUGGGGGAAAAAGCACAUUGUUUUUUGGUAUUGUGUACAGUCAAUGAUCCAAAAUAUGUUUUUUUAAUUUGAGGAAAACAUGUUAAGUAUUGUAAACCUGUUGAGCUAUCUCUGAAAGGGAGAUUGGGAAACAUGUCUGUACGAUAUAUAGAGCAUGCACAAAAAAUGCUGCUGCUCAAGAAGUAGUGUUCAUGAUUAUUCAGGUGCCAAUAGAAAGUGGUCAUUUAUUCUACACUUAAUGUGAGGGCUGCCUUCUAAAGGGUAGGACAUGAUUCCGCACUCUACACAUAUUUUAAAAAAAUACACUAUUGUGUUUACACAGACAAAGGGAAAUGCACAUUUAUUAUGUGGAAAGUUACACUACCUAAUUAUGAAUGAAAGUAUCUUUGACGUUGACCAGUAAUGCUGCCCUGUUGCUCAGUGUUUACUUUACAGAUAUAUCAAAGAAUAGGACUCUAAAGAGAAGGUUUAUGUCAUAUACUGUAUUUUAUUUUUAAAAGAUUCAACAAGAAAGCACUCAGAUUCACGUCAGAGAUGACUGAGAUUGUAUUUUUUAAAGCUUUACAUUGAGUAUGACUCUGCACUUGAGCAGGUGUGCAAUGAAUCAAUUAACAAUUAAAUGUACUGAAUUCA